ACAGGGUGGGACUUAAAAUAGAAAGCAUCUGUGCAGAAACCAAUUCUCCAACAGACUGGAUCAAGAUGAUUUUCUUCUGCAUUUUAUUUGCAUUUGUUUUUCUCGUUGGAAACGAUGCCGCUCUUCCUGACGUGGGCUCUUGUACUUUCAUGGAGUACUUCUGUAGUGCUCGUAAAUGCAGUACUGCUUUUUACAAAGCUUUGCAGAAGGACUCAAAGGCAAACUGUGGUGUGGAGCUUAGCAAACUGAAGAAUUGUAUUGCCGAAGUGAUGAAGAACUGUGCUGGAGAUUUAAUGACCGAAAGCCAGAUCAGAGAUAUCAUUGACAAGACCGUAACGGAAGAACAGCAGUGUCUGGAUGGUUCUAUGGAAAUUCCAACUAUGCCGCCAAGCGGAUCGAUUUGUUCAGCAUCAUUUAGCAGUAAUGCAGAAACUUGCGUUCGAUCUUUUCACCAAAUGUUUGCCAAGGACAAAUCAGAUCCCGCUCUUUGCUCGCAAUAUGCUACAUCAAAGAGGUGUUUAAAGAACCUGGUCGAUUCUGACUGCAACUUCCCCGCCCUGGCCAAGGAAGUGUUGGAAUUGGGUUACGGUGACUACAAUCCUUUUUGCGCAAACAAUCGGGACCCUGGGGCGACCGGAAAUGAUCAGUGCUAUGGCGUGCAGGAUAAGAGCGGUGAUGCAUUGAAAUAUUUCAAUGCAGCCGCUGGAAUCAAGUCCAGUGUGCUGCAGACGCUGGUGUUUGCUUCCUUUUUGUUUUUUUUCUUUUUUAAAGUUUAAAAGGCUUUAGCCCCAUGUUUGUCUUGAGUUACAGAAUAGUUUCUAGACUUAAAAAUUUUAAGAUGAAAUUUGACACUUGUAAGAGGCGUGUUUCGGUAACUUGUUUCCGUUUUUGUUUGUUUGUUUGUUUGUUUUUAUAUUGGUUUGUUUUCUUUCGUUCGUCGAGGAAUACAUCGUCCUUUAUAGUCGGGGUUCUAGCAUGACAAAUAUCACAGAUAAUGUUUGCUUAGCUAAUUUUCAUAAUGUUGAUGUCACAAUAAACUUAGCUUAAGAAAAGGGAGCCAAAAGCAUACAUUUCCCUCGUAUCAACAUCGCAAAAAAAAAAACAACAACAAAAAAAACUACUUCUGAUAAAACUGUAGCGGAAAAAUCAUUUACCCGUCUCGUUUUUCGGACUUCCAAAAACCCUUCGCCACAUAUUUCCUUUGCCACACAGCGAUUCCCAUAGUUCGUGAGCGUGUAAAAGGAUCUCUUGUUGCGGCGUUUAGAUCACCCCUAAUGAAGGCACUAGACAGGAGUGUCGAAACGUUGGGUCUAUGAAUUGUAACUUCUCGGUUACAUUCAUUAAAUCCGAAAGCUAGACUAGCAUCAAAGCAUGUCCGAACAGGAUCAAGAUGAUUUUCUUCAACAUUUUAUUGCCUUUGGCAAGUUAAUUCACAUUUAGAAUCAAUUCUCAGUGUAUUAUUGUUGUGUUGUGUUUUGGGUGCAAAGCAUUCGCAAGUUGGGAGUAUAAUUUAAACACCCAG